AAGUUAGACGGGGAUAAAUCGUUUGUUGGUGUAGUUAGAGAAUUGAGUUGAGGUUAUUAUUGGUAAACAAAGUGAGAUGUAUACAACUUAGAAAUUUUGUGUUUAUUAAUUUAUCAAAUGUGUAUUUGAAGCUGCAUAAAUAAUUUCUGAUUUGUGUAUAGUGAUAUAAUAUAAGAUUCUAUUCGGGUAUAUUAGUUUUUCACAGUGUGUUAAAGAAGUAUUAGAUUAACUCAGUGAAGGGCAUUGCAUUAAGGUUUGCAAAGUAUUUGGAGGUUUUAUUAUUAUUAUAUUUUUAUUAAUUGAUACUUCUUAAUAUUUUAAGCAAACAAAAUGACUGCUCCACCAGCUGCUCUUGUGAACAGAAAUAAAAAGCACUUUAUGGGGGUUCCAGCUCCCUUAGGUUAUGUAGCUGGUGUUGGAAGAGGUGCAACAGGCUUCACUACUAGAUCUGAUAUUGGACCUGCCAGAGAUGCUAAUGAUGUUUCAGACGACCGCCAUGCACCUCCGAGUAAACGUAAAAAGAAGGAGGAAGAAGAAGAUGACGAUGAAGACUUAAAUGAUUCAAAUUAUGAUGAGUUUUCAGGUUAUGGAGGUUCUUUAUUUAGCAAGGAUCCAUAUGAUAAAGAUGAUGAGGAAGCUGAUAUGAUAUAUGAAGAGAUUGAUAAGCGAAUGGAUGAGAAACGUAAGGAAUACAGAGAGAAAAGGUUAAAAGAAGAAUUAGAAAGAUAUCGACAGGAGAGGCCAAAAAUUCAGCAGCAGUUUAGUGAUCUUAAACGAGGCCUUGUGACAGUUACAGAAGAUGAAUGGCGGAAUGUUCCUGAAGUAGGAGAUGCUAGAAACAGAAAGAUUCGUAAUCCUCGUGCCGAGAGAUUUACACCUUUGCCAGACUCUGUAUUGUCUCGUAACUUAGGGGGAGAAUCUACCACAUCUAUUGACCCUAGUAGUGGUUUGAUGAGUGCUAUUCCACAUGGAAAUGCUACUCCAGGCAUGUUAACACCAACAGGGGAUCUUGAUCUCCGAAAGAUGGGACAGGCUCGUAAUACUUUGAUGAACGUCAAAUUAAAUCAAGUGUCUGACUCAGUUGAAGGACAGACUGUUGUUGAUCCCAAGGGUUACUUAACUGAUCUACAAAGUAUGAUACCGACUUAUGGAGGUGACAUAAAUGAUAUUAAAAAAGCAAGACUUCUAUUGAAAUCUGUUCGAGAAACCAAUCCCAACCAUCCUCCUGCUUGGAUUGCCUCAGCUCGACUUGAGGAGGUCACUGGCAAAGUACAGGCAGCUCGUAACUUAAUCAUGAAAGGUUGUGAGGAUAACCCAAAGUCUGAAGAUUUAUGGCUGGAAGCAGCACGAUUGCAACCACCUGAUACAGCCCGAGGUGUGAUUGCUCAAGCUGUCCGUCAUAUUCCCACUUCUGUCCGUAUUUGGAUAAAGGCAGCUGAUUUAGAAAUUGAGACCAAAGCAAAGAGGAAAGUGUAUAGAAAAGCUCUAGAACAUAUUCCAAAUUCUGUACGUCUUUGGAAAGCAGCUGUAGAAUUGGAGGACCCUGAAGAUGCACGGAUACUUUUGAGUAGAGCUGUAGAGUGUUGCCCUACAAGUGUUGAUCUAUGGCUCGCAUUAGCUCGUCUGGAAACCUAUGAGAAUGCCCGGAAGGUACUAAACAAAGCUCGGGAAAACAUUCCCACAGACCGACAAAUUUGGACUACUGCAGCCAAACUCGAGGAGGCUAAUGGAAACAAUCAUAUGGUGGAAAAAAUAAUAGAAAGGGCUAUAACAUCUUUGAGUGCCAAUGGUGUGGAAAUUAAUAGAGAACAUUGGUUCAAAGAGGCUAUUGAAGCAGAAAAAUCUGGUUCUGUGAUUUGCUGUCAAUCUUUGGUGAAGGCAAUUAUAGGACAUGGCGUGGAAGAAGAAGAUAGAAAACACACUUGGAUGGAAGACGCUGAUGCCUGUGCUACCCAGGGUGCUUAUGAGUGUGCUCGAGCAGUAUAUGCUCACGCUUUAGCAGUUUUUCCUAGCAAGAAGUCCAUUUGGUUAAGAGCAGCCUACUUUGAAAAAAACCACGGAACAAGGGAAUCACUUGAAGCAUUAUUGCAGAAAGCAGUUGCUCACUGUCCAAAAUCAGAAGUGUUAUGGCUUAUGGGAGCCAAGUCAAAAUGGAUGGCUGGAGAUGUACCAGCAGCCAGAGGAAUCCUUUCAUUGGCUUUCCAAGCGAAUCCUAAUUCCGAAGAGAUCUGGUUAGCUGCUGUAAAGUUAGAGUCUGAAAAUUCUGAAUAUGAGCGAGCAAGACGACUGUUGGCUAAAGCCAGAGCCUCAGCUCCCACUCCACGGGUUAUGAUGAAGUCAGCCAAACUGGAGUGGUGUUUGGAAAAUUUAGAACUUGCCCUUCAUUUGUUGGAAGAAGCCAUCAAAGUUUUUCCUAACUACGCAAAACUGUGGAUGAUGAAGGGUCAGAUUGAAGAGCAACAAGGAAAGCCAGAGAAGGCUUGGGACACUUAUAACACUGCUAUUAAAAAGUGUCCAACAGCUGUCCCCUUAUGGUUAAUGUUAUGUAGUUUGGAAGAAAAGAGAGGCUACUUGACUAAAGCUAGGUCUGUGUUGGAAAAGGGACGUCUCAAGAACUCUAACUGUGCCCAACUCUGGUUGGAGGCGAUCCGUGUGGAAUUUCGUGCUAACCUGCGUGACAUUGCUAACACGCUGAUGGCAAAGGCUCUCCAGGAAUGUCCUAAUUCAGGAAUUUUAUGGGCCGAAGCAAUCUUCAUGGAACCCCGACCGCAGAGGAAGACGAAGAGUGUGGAUGCUUUGAAACGAUGUGAGCAUGACCCCCAUGUACUACUUGCAGUGUCCAAAUUGUUCUGGUGUGAGAGAAAAUUACAAAAGUGUCGAGAAUGGUUUAACCGGACUGUAAAGAUAGAGCCAGACCUAGGAGAUGCCUGGGCAUAUUUCUACAAAUUUGAGUUGCUCAAUGGCACUGAGGAACAACAAGAGGAUGUCAAGAAGAGGUGUAUUGCUGCAGAACCCCAUCAUGGAGAACAAUGGUGCAAGGUAUCUAAGAAUAUUAAAAACUGGAGGCUCGUCACUGAAGCAAUUCUCAUACUUGUAGCCAAGGAUCUGCCUAUUCCCAUCUAAUAUACAGAUCCUCUUGAAUCCAUAUAUUAGAAGAAUGGAUAGUUGUGUAUAUAGUUGAUGGAUUACUUCCAACACAAUUAACCUCCCUGCAAGAUUGGUGAAAUAAUUCACUCCUACCUUCUUUCAACAUGAAUGUAAUGUAAUUUUGUGUAGUUAAUAAAAUAUUAAUGUGAAUUUAAAUUUACAGUAAGAGUAUAUGCAAAUUUAAAUAUAUUUAUUUAUUUAUUAUUAUACAUACAAUUGUAUAAUUUAUUAUGGAUUUGAAUGUAAAUGCAACUUUACAUUUAUAACUUUUAUAACAUUUAAAAUUCAUUAUUAACCCUUUUAGUGCCAGAGUAUGAUAAAAAAUUUUGUUCGAAAAGUGCUAAAGAUUUCUCUCACGGUACCUGCUGCUCAAGAUACAAGUCAUAUAUUUUUCAGUUUCACAUGGGAAAUAGCGCUUUGAAGAAUUAUUCCACUAUAAAACAUAAUAUCAAUUGAAAGAGAAAAUUAAAUUAAAUACAAACAUAAAAAGUUGCGAUUAAUAUUUUGAAAACUGUAUAAGUUAUGUUGUUUUUUUUAGAAAGAAUACAGUUUUUUUAAUCAUAAACUUCCUUAUUUCAGAUUUUUUAUUUUUCGGUAGUAUUCACGACAUUCAUAUAUAUGAAAGUUGGCAUUAAAGGGUUAAUGAUGUAUGAUUUGAACAGAUAAUUGGGCUAAGAACAUUUGUCAUUUUUGUGUAAUUCAUACAUGUAGUAAUAAACACAUUAAAAUCAAAGUUAACAACAAAUAAGCUAUACUCCUAAGAGAAUAACAUACACUUGAAACUAAGGACCAAGUCAGGAGAAGCUCAAAUUGAAGAUAAUGACAACACAAAUGCACUACUAAAACAAAUGAUACACUCAAUAUUGCAGGUGAUGAAACUGCAUUGGAAAUAAGGAAUUCUUUUUAAGCAUCAUCAUCAGAACAACCUAGCUCAACAACUUGGAACAAAGGACAGGAACGGGGAAAGAGGAAUGGACUCCUUGCUGUUAACUACUUUACUCUUGAACUCAGUCACUAUACACAUCUAAAUUUUAUUGGAUAAAGUGUCUUUAAUUUUUAUAAUUGUGUUAGGUUUCCUACUAUUUUACUCUUUAUCUCGGCCAUAUACAUAUCUAAAUUUUAUUGGAUGAGGUCUCUUUAAUUUUUAUAAUUGUGUUAGGUUUCCUACUAUUUUACUCUUUAUCUCGGUCAUAUACAUAUCUAAAUUUUAUUGGAUGAGGUCUCUUUAACUUUUAUAAUUGUGUUAGGUUUCUUAGUUUUCUUUUUUUAUUGGUAGCUAAAGUGGCCUUACUUCGACAUAAGGCUGCCUUAGUAAUUGAUCUGAUAAUUUUAUGUUGAAACCUUAAUUUAUUUUUGUCCAAAAAAUUUCACAAUGAAUCCGACAACCUUUUGACUGCUGUAGAUUAAGCAACCGGCUGAGCCAGUUAUGCUGAAAUCUUUUAAAGUGUAUCGACUAGUAACUAUCAGGAUAUAAAUGACAGUUUAUUCCACAGUUGUUGUACUAUAGGACGAUUUUAGAAUAGAAUCUUAGAAGAUGUUUAGUUCAUGGUAUUCUGUAAAACACUGAACAACACAUAGAGCGAUGUUGCAACUCUCACACAUGUAGGCGGUUUUCAUGUUUCGGUUUUUCUCGUCUCGUGGUUGUGCUGCAGACGACACAUCUCCUCGUUGGGUUUUCUUUUGUUUAGUCGGCGGGAUAAAACUUGGAAGUGUCGUUGAUUAAACAUAGAACAAUGUCUCCAUGAGACACGUGUCCACCUUUCUUUUUGUAGUGUAUGUCCAUGCUCUCUUCAAGUAGUUAACAAUGACUUCCAAGUGAAACUCUUGAAAUGCAGAUCUUUUCCGAUUAAACAGAGAAAUAUAGCAUAAGCAUUUAGCAAAGCCAUGGUCAAAUAUAUGAAAAAAAUAACUUUUUAUACCAUGAGUGGUUCUAAUACUUUCCACAUGAAUUAAAAAAGUAAUUCCUGCUCCUCCCACGCAAGUUUACAAAAAUUUACUCAUUACAUUACAUUUAUUCAUUUGUUUUUUUAGAAUUUUACACCUGAAGAAGAAAGCAGAUAACUUAUUUAGUUCUUGCAAUUUAACUUAGUAAAUCCUUUUAUCCAUUCUGUAACUUCUUUCCUCCCAUAUAAUGAACUUUUUUUAUUUUACUGAUAGUUUUCAAAUUCAUUUGUGUUAAGGCUGCAUACUGUUUCUAUGAAAAAGUCUUUGUUCAAAAUAUUUGUAAAUCUUUGUAAAUAAUUAGAAAUUAUUUUCUUUAUACCAUAGCAAUAAAUAAAUAUGUUUACAUUGAAAAUGAA